ACGUCACUUUCCACCUAAACCCCAAGUACCAACUACUUGUUUUCCUUCCUUCCUCAUCUAUAUAUAUAUAUAUGCCACUCAGCCUCUGCCUGCCUUCUCCAAAUUCUGCAUUCUUCUUUUCAUUCUUGCUCAGAAAAAAAGAAAUGUCAAAUUCUCAUCAUGUUCUCUGUAUCUUGUUUCUUCUCAUUCUCCUCCAUAAUUCAGGCCUCUCACUAGGCCAUACCAAAGGAAUUAGGCCCCGGAAAUCUCCCGUGAAUCUUCCAACAAUAAAUGAGACUAGAGUCCAAUUCUCAGAACAACAAUUCAUGAAGUGGGUCAAGUUUGUUGGCAGCUUAAAGCACUCUCUUUUUAAAGCUGGAAAGAAUAAGCUUUUCCCUUCUUAUACUCUUGUUGUCAACAAGAAUCCAGCUGCUGGUGACUUUACAUCCAUUCAAGAUGCCAUUGAUUCUCUUCCUUUUAUCAAUCUUGUUAGAGUGGUCAUCAAGGUCCAUGCUGGAGUUUACACAGAGAAAGUUAGUAUACCUCCAUUAAAAUCCUUCAUAACCAUAGAAGGAGCUGGAGCAGAUAAAACGAUUGUACAAUGGGGAGACACUGCUCAAACACCUGGGCCAAAAGGGCAACCUAUGGGGACCUACAGUUCUGCAACUUUUGCUGUAAAUUCACCUUAUUUCAUUGCCAAGAACAUUACAUUCAAGAACACAACACCAGUGCCACCGCCGGGAGCAAUUGGGAAGCAAGCAGUGGCAUUCAGAAUAUCAGCAGAUACAGCAGCUUUCUUGGGGUGUAGAUUCUUGGGAGGUCAGGACACUCUUUAUGAUCAUCUGGGCAGGCAUUAUUACAAGGAUUGUUACAUUGAAGGUUCAGUUGAUUUCAUCUUUGGAAACGGCUUGUCCUUAUUUGAGAGGUGUCACGUGCAUGCAAUAGCACAAUACACAGGAGCACUAACGGCGCAAGGGAGGAGCAGUCUGCUGGAGGACACGGGGUUUUCAUUCGUGAACUGUAAGGUCACGGGCUCAGGAGCUCUCUACCUUGGAAGGGCGUGGGGACCUUUUUCAAGAGUCGUCUUUGCUUAUACUUACAUGGACAACAUCAUCAUCCCCAAAGGCUGGUAUAACUGGGGAGACCCUACCCGUGAAAUGACUGUGUUCUACGGGCAAUACAAGUGCACAGGACCAGGAGCUGACUUCGCAGGAAGAGUGUCAUGGUCUAGAGAACUCACUGAUGAGGAGGCUAAGCCUUUUAUUUCACUUAGCUUCAUUGAUGGAUCUGAAUGGAUCAAAUUAUAAACCAUAUUUAUAUUUUUCACCAUAUAAUUUUUAUGCCCUUUUAAUUAUCAUUUGUAAAAGCCAUCUUAGUGAUAUUUUUGGUCCAUAAUUUAUAUUCAGAUUUUUUUUUUUUUUUGGAAGGGGGGUUUUGAUGAAAUCGAUGAGCAUUCAUGUAUUAACUUGAGUAAAAUGAUCCACUGCAGUAAAUUACAAUACAUAUACUAUCUUAGUUAC